AUGGUGUACACACUUGUCAGAAAGGUGGAGGCCACCAACCUGUUCUUCUCCUCCUGGAUCUUAGUCUUCUUGGCUGUAGGAAUCACCAUAGAGGAAUGGACUGUACUGAAGUUGGGACCCCAAGACCCUAUAAUAAGCCACAGUCCGUGGAUAUGUUGUACUUCCCUGUGGCCAGCAGAUGGCCUGGAAGUGGUCAGGAACAUUCUGAUUGUGGUGGUCAGCCUUUCCUUCAUGCAUAACUUGCUCCUGGGUUUUGAAUUCACCUAUAUGAUUCCUCAAACCAAAUAUACUCUCAUUAUGACUGCCUGCCUCGCUUUCCUCACAGGCAUCCUUCUCCUCAGUGCACUCCUCCUGUAUCACCACUUGCUAAAUCAAGGUAAAUUCGUGUACUACUUGAGUUACAAGAUCUGCUGGAUCAAUUUCACUGCAUACUUAAACGCUUUAUUGUUAUUCGCCUCUGGAUUCCUCUCUCUCUUACAGUACAAGCAGUCCAUCAAUGGUUCCGGCAGCCUGAUCACCAUCUGCAAAUCUGCCAGAGAAAGUCAAGUUAUGGAGCAACAUGGGGUUUCUAUCAAAGUUCUCUCAUUACCAGCAGGUACUGCAAUGCCUCGUAGUAUUGUCCGGGUACACUCUGCCCACAUGAAAGAAGAUUCUCCAGAAAGACUGAAUGCCCAAGCGCGUCGUGUAACCUGGGCUCUAUGA